UCAGAAAUACUUUUGUCCAGAAUGAACCGUCCAACUGAAGCAGAGAGAUGAAGAACAUGAACAGAAUCAUCAGUUUUAUGCUUUAUGGUCUGUUUUUGUGCUCCUCGGUUCUCUCUAAUGAUGAUACAGAGGUCUCCUGUCAGGUCAGCAAGACUUGUAUCUUACCCUGCAGUUUCACAGCUCAUGGUGACGUUGUCAUCCACUGAAUUGAAGAGACUCCAGCAGAGUCCCGGGUUCAAGAGACUCCACUAGAGUCCCGGGUUCUAGAGACUCCACCAGAGUCCCGGGUUCUAGAGACUCCACCAGAGUCCCGGGUUCAAGAGACUCCACCAGAGUCCCGGGUUCAAGAUACUCCACCAGAGUCCCGGGUUCAAGAGACUCCACCAGAGUCCCGGGUUCACUCCUACUAUCACAAACAAGACCAACUGGGAGAGCAGCACCAGAGGUUCAGAGGAAGAACAUCUCUGUUUGAGGACCAGAUCUCCAGAGGAAACGCUUCCCUGCUGCUGAGAGAAGUGAAGGUUCAGGACCAGGGCAGAUAUCUGUGUAACGUCAGCACCAUCACUGGAAAUAAGGAGAACUUCAUCCACCUGAAUGUGACCGACCGGACCGGAGUUAUUGUAGGAGUGGUGGUGGGUUUGCUGCUGCUGCUGGUCUUGGUUUCUGGAGUCGUUGGUUACAAAUACAGGGAAAUGAGGAGGAGGAAUAAAAGAGAUAAAGAGAAGGUUCUGGUUGACUUGGGCAUGGAGGAGCAGGACUCAACAGAAGGGGUUAAACAGAGACUGAUCUCAGCUAUGAAGGAGCACGGAGAAGUUCGGUUUGUUGAUUGUAAACUCUCAAAGACUCACUAUAAAGUCAUUGCGUCCGCUCUGAAGUCUAAAACCUCCUGUCUGACAGAACUGGACCUGAGUCAGAGCCGCCUGCAGGAUUCAGGAGUGAAGAUUCUGUCUGGUGGACUGAAGAGUCCAAACUGUAGACUGGAGACUCUGAGAUUAGGGAGCUGCAGGUUGUCAGAGAUCAGCUGUUCUUCUCUGGUCUCAGCUCUGAAGUCCAACCCCUCCCAUCUGAAACAUCUGGACCUGAGUGGGAACAACCUGCAGGAUUCAGGAGUGAAACAUCUGAGUGGAUUUCUGGAGAGUCCAGACUGCAGAUUGGAGACUCUGAGACUGGAGGGCUGUUGUUUGUCAGAGAUCAGCUGUUCUUCUCUGGUCUCAGCUCUGAAGUCCAACCCCUCCCAUCUGAAACAUCUGGACCUGAGUGGGAACAGGAACCUGCAGGAUUCAGGAGUGAAACAUCUGAGUGGAUUUCUGGAGAGUCCAGACUGCAGACUGGAGACUCUGAGUUUGCAGUGCUGCGGUCUGUCAGAGAUCAGCUGUUCUUCUCUGGUCUCAGCUCUGAAGACCAACCCCUCCCAUCUGACACAUCUGGACCUGAGAUUCAACUACAAGCUACAAUAUUCAGAUGUGAAGCAGCUGUCUGAUCUGGUGGAGAAUCCAGACUACAAGCUGCAGACUCUCAGGUCAGAGCACUACACUUUGUCAGAGAUCAGCUGUUCUUCUCUGGUCUCAGCUCUGGAGUCCGACCCCUCCCAUCUGAAACUUCUGGACCUGAGUGACAACAAGCUGCUGGAUUCAGAUGUGAAGCAGCUGUGUGGUUUUCUGGAGAGUCCAGACUGCAGACUGGAGACUCUGAGAUUGAAGGACUGCAAGUUGUCAGAGAUCAGCUGUUCUUCUCUGGUCUCAGCUCUGAAGUCCAACCCCUCCCAUCUGAAACAUCUGGACCUGAGUUACAACGACGACCUGCAGGAUUCAGGAGUGAAACAUCUGUGUGGAUUUCUGGAGAGUCCAGACUGCAGACUGGAGGAUCUGAGAUUGAGGAGGUGCAGUUUGUCAAAGAUCAGCUGUUCUUCUCUGGUCUCAGCUCUGAAGUCCAACCCCUCCCAUCUGAAACAUCUGGACCUGAGUGACAACAAGAACCUGCAGGAUUCAGGAGUGAAACAUCUGUGUGGAUUUCUGGAGAGUCCAGUCUGCAGACUGGAUUAUCUGGGGUUGGAGAGGUGCAGUUUGUCAAAGAUCAGUUGUUCUUCUCUGGUCUCAGCUCUGAAGUCCAACCCCUCCCAUAUGAAACAUCUGGACCUGAGUUACAACUACGACCUGCAGGAUUCAGGAGUGAAACAUCUGAGUAGAUUUCUGGAGAGUCCAGACUGCAGACUGGAGACUCUGGGGUUGCAGUGCUGCAUUUUUUCAGAGACCAGCCGUUCUUCUCUGGGCUCAGCUCUGAAGUCCAACCCCUCCCAUCUGAAACUUCUGGACCUGAGUCUGAACAUCCUGCAGGAUUCAGGAGUGAAACAUCUGUGUGGAUUUCUGGAGAGUCCAGACUGCAGACUGGAGACUCUGGAAUUGAAGGACUGCAGUUUGUCAGAGAUCAGCUGUUCUUCUCUGGUCUCAGCUCUGAAUUCCAACCCCUCCCAUCUGAAACUUCUGGACCUGAGCAGGAACAACCUGGAAGAUUCAGGAGUGAAACAUCUGUGUGGAUUUCUGGAAGGUCCAGGCUGCAGACUGGAGGAUCUGGGAUUGGUGCACUGCAGUUUGUCAGAGAUCAGCUGUUCUUCUCUGGUCUCAGCUCUGAAGUUAAACCCCUCCCAUCUGAAACAUCUGGACCUGAGCAUGAACAACCUGCAGGAUUCAGGAGUGAAACAUCUGAGUGGAUUUCUGGAGAGUCCAGACUGCAGACUGGAGACUCUGAGAUUGCACUUCUGCAGUUUGUCAGAGAUCAGCUGUUCUUCUCUGGUCUCAGCUCUGAAGUCCAAUCCCUCCCAUCUGAAACAUCUGGACCUGAGUGGGAACAGGAACCUGCAGGAUUCAGGAGUGAAACAUCUGAGUGGAUUUCUGGAGAGUCCAGACUGCAGACUGGAGACUCUGAGGUUGGGGAGCUGCAGUUUGUCAGAGAUCAGCUGUUCUUCUCUGGUCUCAGCUCUGAAGUCCAACCCCUCCCAUCUAAAACAUCUGGACCUGAGGGGGAACUUCAACCUGCGGGCUGCAGAUGUUAAGCAGCUUUCUGAUCUAGUGGAGAGUCCAGACUACCAGCUGAAGACUCUCAGGGGGGGAGGAUGGUGAGUGUCCAGGAUGGACGAGUCGUGUCCUGAUCGUCCUCAGAGUUGAAGCAGAACCAGUUUGUGUGGACCGUCUGACUGGACCGUGAUGAAGAUGAUGAUGAAGAUGUACAUAGUUUCUGAAUUCCAGAGUUUUACAAACUCCUCAUAUAUUCAUUUAUUUCAUGUUAAGUCAAAAAGUCAUUAUUAGGGCCCGAGCACUUGCAGUGCGAAGGCCCUAUUGUAUCUGUAGGAAUUAUUUGUAUUUUUAUUUUUUUUCUGACGAAAGGAGGGCCUUUUUGCCCCCCUAAACGUGCCCAAGAAGUCACCAAAUUUUGCACCCAAGCCAGGCCUGGCGAAAAAUUGGAUAUUUAAUGGUUUGCAUUAAUGGGCGUGGUAAAAUGGCUCAACAGCGCUCCCUUGAAAACUUUGUGCCUCAAGCUCCACGAUACGGUUUGGCGUACAUGCACGAAAAUUGGUACACAGCUGUAUAAUGGCGCAACUUAAACACAAGUCUCAUGGGGUCAUGCCCGAAACCGAACAGGAUGUCAGCCAUUUUGAAUUAAUCGUGUCAUUUUGGCGAAAUUUAUGCCAUUCCUUCGGCAGUCAAUUCAGCCCGAACCGUAACGUGCCCCCAAGUGUGUUAUACAUCAAAAUGUGCGUCUCCAUGCUCCGACACCACGCAUUCCUUUUCUCUUUCAAAAGCGUUACGGUGGCGACGCUAGAUGCCAAAAAGCGUGUCCACCCUUCAUCUGAUUGGUUCAGACAGAAAAAACUUUGCGCCUCAAGCCCCAUAAUACGCUUUGACGUACAUGAACGAAAAUCGGUACACACCUGUAUCAUGUUGCAUCUUAAAGAAAAGUCUCUUGGCGCCAUGGCCGAAACUGAAAAGGAAGUCGGCCAUUUUGAACAUUCUGAAUUAAUCGUGUAAUUUUGGAGCAAUAUAUGCCAUCCCUUCGAGAAUUAAUUCAGCCAGAACCGUAACGUGCCCCCAAGUGUGUUAUACAUCAAAAUGUGCGUCUCCAUCCCGCGACUACGCGCAUUACUUUUCUCUUUCAAAAGUGUUACCGUGGCGAUGCUAGAUGCGAAAAAGCGCGUCCCCUUCAUCUGAUUGGUCCAUAUUUGAUAGAUCUCCAAAACUCACCAAAUUUUGCAUGCAAGUCAGGCUUGGUGAUAAAUUUGAUAUUUCAUGGUUUGCAUUAAUGGGCGUUGCCUAACGGCUCAACAGCGCCCCCUAGAAUAAUUUUAUCUGCCAUAACUUUUGAAUGGUUUGACAUAGAGAGUCGUGGGUGGUGUUGUGAGAUUCUGUAUGGAGUCCUUGACCUUCAUUGGCCUUAAUUAGCCCCGCCCCUUCUUCUGAUUGGUUGUCCCGAUUUUCUGCUGUAACUUUUGAAUGGUUUGACAUAGGAAGUCGUGGGUGGUGUCGUUUCUGAUAUGCUUAUGGGGGGCGGUGGCCGUGAGUGCGAGGGCCCGUUCAUCGCUCCUUGCAGCUUUAAUUCUUAUUAUAUUAUUGUUAAAAAAAAUAGUACAUCAAAAUGUAGCCUUUAAUUAGGGCCCGAGCACUUACAGUGCAUACAGUGCACACCUGCAUUGUAUCUGUAGGAAUUUUUUUUCUUUUUCUUUCUUCAUUAUUUUUCCGACUAAAUGAGGGCCUUUUUGCCCCCCCUAAACGUGCCCCAAAGUCACCAAACUUUGCACGCAAGCCAGGCCUGGUGAAAAAUGUGAUAUUUAAUGGUUUGCAUUAAUGGUUAAUGGCUCAACAGCGCCCCCUAGAAAACUUUUUGCCUCAAGCCCCACAAUACGGUUUGACGUACAGACACGAAAAUCGGUACACACCUGUAUCAUGGCCGAAAAGUCUCUUGGCGUCAUGGCCGAAACCGAACAGGAAGUUGGCCAUUUUCAAUAAAUCGUGUAAUUUUGGCGCAAUUUAUGCCAUUCUUUCGGCAGUUAAUGCGGCCCGAAGCCUACUACGAAUGUAGUGAUGUAUAAAAGUCUACGGUGCCGCAGCAGAGCUGCUCAGCAAAGCAAAGUGUUCCUUCCAGUAAAUAUUGUAAAUGUUUUCUAGAUAUUACGAUGAUUUUUAAGACUUCAAAGAAAGUCAAAAUUCUUCAGUAAAACUUGGAUCGUUUCUCUUGUUCAGUUUACUGUGGUUAAUGAGUGUUUGUCUGCGAUUAGUCUCAGUACCAGGAGCAGCACCGACCAUCACAAGGCACUUUUCAUUCUCUUGUUCAGCAUCAAACCAGCAUCAAACCAGCAUCAAAUCAGCAUCAAACCAGCAUCAAACCAGCAGCAGCAGGGACUUCAGACCACGACCACA